AUGAGUAUUCAGCGUCACUUCUUUGGCUUCCCUGCAGACCUAUCCAUCCCCCUCGAGCGACGAAAUGUUGGACUUCUCGAUCAACGACAAGCACUGUCCUGGGUUAACAAAAACAUUGGAGCAUUUGGAGGUGACCCGGACAAAGUCACCAUCUUUGGAGAGUCUGCUGGUGGUUGGUCAGUCAAACAAUUGGUCAUCAACCCGCCAUCUCCUGUGCAAUUCCGUGCCGCUAUUCUGCAAAGCCAGGCCUUUGGGCCUGUGGUCGAUAAUGAAGCGUCAUGGAACAUUCUAGCUAGCGAACUGGGAUGCGACAAAACAGAUAAUACGUCCUCGCGCCUCAGUUGCGUCUCUCGAGCGUCGACUAAAUUUAUUCGGAAUGUACUAGAACGCCAUAGCCUGGGGCUUACACCGGUCUUCGACAACGUAACAAAUGGACCAACUUUCCAGGACAUAGCUGGACGGAAAGACUUAGCGAGGUUCCCUAUACUGAUUGGAACGAACGCUGACGAGGGAACCGUGUUGGUUUCAGUCAUGCCGUCCCCAGAAAUCAUGCUUGACGGGAUAUUUGGGAACCACACUGAUGCUAAACGGUCUGCACGCUCAGCAUACCCAGUGAACAUCACUGAUUCAGAGUUAAAAUCCUUGAUCACCACGGAUUAUACCUACACCUGCACUACUGCUGCCAUUGCAAAUACGGCGGCCGAAAACGGGCUGAAAGUUUGGCGCUAUUACUUCGAUGCUAGCUUUUCGGACAACCAACCCUUCCCGGGAGCAGGAGCCUGGCAUACUUCUGAAAUACCUAUUGUGUUCGGUACUUACACGCAGAAUAACGCAAGCUAUCCUGCCAAGCUUCAGCUUAGCAAGAGUAUGCAGCGAGCCUGGGCUGAUUUCGCAAAGAAUCCUGAGAAGGGUCCUGGGUGGCGACCAGUACGUGUACCAGGCGAGCAAGUAAGGCACUUUGGCACAGAUGAAGCUACAAACAAACAUAAUGUUUACAUUUAUAACACUGACGAUAUCUAUUAA